AUGGCCAGCCCAUUGAAAGGAGUAGCAGCAAUCGCUGAUGUAGAUUGGCCUGUGAAUUCAAAUCAAGAAAUGUGCAUUCGAGCUAGCCAUGUGGUAGAUCAUGAUAACCUAGUUACUAUUCAAACUGCAGUUGAUGAAUGCAGAAUUGGAAUUAUGUCAACCGAUAAAAAACCGCUUGGUUUCAUCUUUGCUAAAAUUACGCUGCUAUUGUCUGAAACUCGACGUGAAAUUAACCAACAGCUAAAAGGUGCCAAGCUGGCAGCGUUUACUUUCUUGGAUCAUAAUUGCUGGCCUGUUUUCACCUUUCAAGAAGAAAGACUAACUAUUGCUGAUAUUAUAACGCAGCAAAUAAUUUAUAUCCAAUUUCAAGCGCCCGAUAAUAGCUCUGUUGCAGUCGCCAUUCCUCACUCAAAUGAUACACCGAUUAAAAAUAAAGAUUUCAAUGCCCUUACAUCAGCAGCAGAUAGUAUUAGAUCUCAUAGACUGUUCCAUCCGGCAGUAGCAAAUUUACAAAAUAGAUCUAAAGCAAUUGCCGUAAAAGACAACAGUGAAAAGGAAAUACUUAUUAGUUAUGUUAGAGCUGAAGCCGCACUGCAUGCUUUAAGUUUGAAAGAAGAGUUUGAAAAGCUUGGUUUUAGCGUUUAUCUGGAUGUUCAUGAAAUAAAGUGCGGUGUUGAUUGGCAAGAUUCCCUUAACGAUGCUGUUAGUUCAUGUGAGGUAUUUGUACCACUUGUCACACCAAGGUAUGGUAAAACGCAAUGGACAAAUAGAGAAAUCAAGCUAGCGGAUGUUUUAGGAAAAUAUGUCGUGCCUGUUAAUUUUCUAAGUGAUUGGCCUCCCGCGUGUCUAGCUAUUCAAUUUGCAACAACACAGUUUGUUCCAUGGAAAACUACGGAAAAUAUUUUAAAAGAUGGUAAUAAAGAUGACAUUUCAUAUUGGGAUAAAGUGUAUGUAGUUGGAGUUGCUCAACAAAUAGGCGAAUUAUGCCGUCGAUCUAUAUCGCUAUCCGAUAGUACAGAAACGUUCGAUGACGAAAGUUCAGAUACGCAACUACAGAAGAGAAUUUCGAUGAUACGCAGUUGCCCUUUACAAUUGUUUGGAAAUGCAUCAUCCCCUAUGGCAUCCCAGGAGCCUCGUGAUGGAAAACCACUUAUCAUUCUUAGCUGUCACCCUACUCAGGACAAUAUUGCUAAUGAAAUCAAAAAUUGUUUAGAAGAAGAAGGUUACGAAAUAGUAUUGACCAGUGAACUCAUGGCGGAUUUAUACAAGACUGUCAAUGAACCCGCCAAGAAAAAGCUCCGCAGUAACAAAAGGGCGAAAAUAAGCCAAAAGACUGAAUUAACCGAAAAAGCAACAAAACGAAUGAGAAUUGAAUUUCAGAGAAUUACUGAUGAAGCUUGUAUGGUCAUCUUUUUGUUGUCGCAAGCAUUUGCUACUUCACGUUUAUGUCAACAGCAGGUAUACUAUUGUGAACAUAGGAAAAGAUUUAUUCCUUUAAAAGCUGAAGAAUUUGCCAUGCCAGGUUGGCUGUCGAUGCUAAUUGGAACUGCUCCUCUCGAGGACGUUCAACGAAAAGACUAUAAACAGACACUAGUAGCUCGCGUACGACAGACGUUUAAUCGGGAAGAUAAUCUGUUAAAUGAUGCUGACAUCUCUCUUAAGAGCUAUCUUUUAAGGGAAACUUUACCACGAAGCGAUCCCUGUGUAUACAUCUCUGGCGGCACAAAAUUUUAUAGCAAGAACACAGAGGCGAUUUGCAAGUCCAUUGGUGCAUGCUUGGCUGAUUUCGAUAAUUUAAGCCUUAUAACUGGAGGAUUCUAUGGAGUUGGUGAUGUUUUAGGUCGUAGUUUUUAUAAUAAACGUAUAACGUCCAAAAAGGAACCUUUAGUUUACCAUGUGCUGCCAGUACGCGACGAACAGGAUCGAUCAUUACAAGCUAGGCAAAAUAGUGACAAGACCUUCAUGGAUGUCCCAUUUGGUUCUACAAUAUUUGCAGGAGAUAAUGUUCGAGAGCGUGAGAUUAUUGUAUCCAAGGCAAUUAGUAUUUGUAUAUUAAUUGAAGGAGGACCUGGUGCAGCACAUGAAGCGGAACAAUUUUGCUGGAAUGAUCAUACUGUUAUUCCAAUUAAAGUUACUGGUGGCGCUGCUGGAGGAAAAUUUAAUGUUCCUCAGCAAAUAUUUGAAGUAAUUAACCUUAGUCUAUAA